CUUUCAGCCUCUUCUCCCUCCGCCCCCCUCCCCAAAGCCGCUCAUCCGCCAAUCAGCGCCGGCUCUCGGGAGGCUUCUUUCUGUUCAGUGCGCUUCUGCUCUGCGUCCAAGGAUGGCCAGCAAGCAGGAGCGCGGGCAGGUGCAGGGCAGCGAAUCUGAUGGUACCUCUGAGGAUGACAAAGGUAACGACAGUUCCAGCAGUGACUCAGAGAGCUCUGAAAGCGAAACUGAGACAAAUGGGACAAAUGAAAAUGAACCACUUGAAGAACCAGAAGAGAAAGAGUUACAGCUGUACUGCAGUAAAUCAGUUGAACAAGAAGGAGAAGAGUUGCAGAAUGGUGGUGAAUCCGAAGUUAAUAUCCAGCAAUGCUGUAAACACUGCAUAAUCCAAAAAAAGCAACACGAACAAGUCACUCCCAGAAGAUUUCUGAAAGGACAGUUUUGCUUGAAGCUGGAUGGUGAAGGAACUUUUGAAUGUACAGCGACGGGGUUAAUUUUUGAAGUAACCAGAUCUGUUACCAUUGAAUAUUCAGUUUUGUCUUGGACCAAAUAUGCUGCUUAUGUUAAAGAACCUUGGAUUGUUGUGGGUCCUAUAUUUGAUAUCAAAUGUUCCUCUUCUGCUCUUACUUCGAUUCAGUUUCCACACACUCUCUGUCUGAAUGAUCAUUUGUCUGAGAAGGCCUUCAAAGUAUUCCAUUUCAAAAAGAAUGGUCCAGAAUUUGAAGGCUCCAUUGAUCAUUCAACCACACAUGUCAAGUGGCACGUGAGCUCACUAUCUCCAGUUGGACCAGUAAUUGAGAGAUAUGAUCCAGUAUAUUAUCAUGGGGUAGUCAUUUUAUAUAAAGUUAUCAACAAUCAUCCUUCCUUGAAAUUCCGUGUGUAUAUAGCUACAAAUAACAAUUCAUUUAUAAAGGAUAUAUCCAAAACUGUAAGACGAUCUCUGAAUAAAUUCAUUAAAAUUGAAAAACCUCCUUGUCAUAAAUUAUUGCAAAAUGGAAAGAAAUACAGAUUAACUAGUGAUCCAGAAGCUGACAUAACCCCUGAGGAAAUUCAGUUUGGAGAUGACUCCACCCUGGCAGAGAAGCCUUUCUUUGAGGUAUAUUUAGAACAGCCAAUGGAACUUAUGCUAUCUUUGGUGGAUUUGGAAUCUGAAGAAGUUGUGUGGAAGGCAAAGCUCAGAGAAUCUGAUUGGACUCUACAUAACCAGAACGAAAAUGAGCAGGAAAAAUCUCUUAACUGUGUUGGGAAACGAAAAGCUACCACCAAACUUAAAAAUGAACUUUGCUGUAAGCGACAAAAAAUUGCAGACAUCACAGAGCAGUUUAUAUUCAGCCAGACUCCUAAUUUGAUUUAUGUCUGUGAAAACAAACAACAUUUGCAUAACGCAAAAAAGAGGGUCCUUUGCCAGGCAACUUUACAGGGGGAUAAUGCUGCUGUGAAAAGGCAAGAUAUAUAAUUAAAUGAUUUAUAUAGAUGUUAAAUAAUCAUGGAACUAACAAGUAACCUUGCUCAAUGCAUUUUUUUUAUCAUGGAUCCUGUCUGACAGUUUGUCUCUAAUACUGGAAUGGGUUUCACAACACAAAUUAUAUAUUAAUAAAAGGAGCUGCCUGAUAAUACUAAUUUCACCCAGUAAGAUUCACCCAUAUCUUAACAACAAAUCAAAUGCUGAAAUGACUUGAAAUCUAUCAAAGUAAUAUACUGUCUUGGAAAUUGACUUUCCUUUUCGUACUCAGUGUGUUAGAACCAAUAUCUGACUGCGUUUUCUCUGAAGCUUGCUUGCUUAUCUACUAAAAUGUUACAUUACCGCAGUGGUCCCCCAUAUUUCUGGCUUGGUGACUGGUGGGGGGGGAGAGGGGAUGGUUCCAUGCGAGUGUGACUGCUUGCGCAAACAUGCUUGCCCGCUGCCUCCGCAGUCCGGUUUUGAAUGGGCCACAGCCUGGUGGUGGGACAUGUCUAGGGGUUGGGGACCUGUGCAUCACUGAAUUUAAUCUUGAGAUCUCAGCAGUAGAUUCUUAAUAGAAUCUGUUUUUGAAUUUUUCCUUAAUAGCUUGAUCAGACCUCCCCCCCCCCCUUUAAUAUGAAUAAUGAUGGUUAAAUCCCAGUCUUUGGGUAUGACUGUGGCAUUAUCUGUGGCAGUGAAAUGUGGUAAAUAGAAAAGUACCAUUCAUAUGUCUGCUUUAAGAAUAUCUGUGUGAAUCAGGUCAUUGCUAGGGACUUUUUAAAUUGACAUACCCUGUUUUCCCCAAAAUAAGACAUCUCCUGAUAAUAAGCCCAAUCGGGCUUUUGAGCGCAUGGCAAUAAGGCCAAGGGCUUAUGUCAGGGUUCAAAAAAAUAUAAGACAGGGUCUUAUUUUCGGGGAAACAUGGUAGGUGUAUCCAUUCAGGGAUCUUCUCACUAUGGUCAAUCUUUAGAAGUUUCCAAGUCAAAUACAAACUUGGGUAAGAGAAAAAAAAACGGCUGCAAAGGGAAUAAUUUAGGAUGAUUUGGCUAGUUAUUUUGCUAGGUCACUCCCAAACAAUUCCAAAAUAAGGCUCUUUUUUUGACUGCAUAAAUUAACUCCUGCCAACUAGGCUUAUUCAUCCUCCUUCUCAAUUUUUAUUUAUUCUUUUAAACUGGACAUUUAUAAAUAAAAUCAGAGGAAAUAGAUAGAAGACCUGCAUAUCUAUAUGAUUUGCAAGUUUUUAGCAGAUAUAUUCUUCUUAUCAAGCCAUUUUGGAGGUUUUAGAUUAAAGAUAUAUGAUGUAGAAGCUAAAUUAUUGAUUCGUUUUGGACUUUGAUUUGUCAAAAGAAAAAAAAAAAAAGAACCCAACACUAGGGCACUGGUGUAAGACUUUGCACCUCCAUAAUUUAGAAAUAUUCUUUUCAUAACUCAUACUUGAAUUGGUUUUAGAAAAAUAGCAGUGUCAACAAAAACAAGCAAGUAGAAUUAAACCUUACAGCUACUUGUAAAUGACAUUAGUGCAUAGAGUCUCUAGUGACAUUUAUAUAUAAUUUGGUGGAGAUCCAAGCAGUAUUUCUUUUGCUCGGCCUGCCUUUGCCAAUGUUUGGACUGGUUUUGAGUGACAAGCUUGGAAGUCAUCUGUUCCAUGACAUCUGUUGAUCUGGAUGCAAAGCUCCAUCAAACUACCCGUUUCGAAUAUAUUUUGGCUUUUUUUUCCAUAAGAAGAAAGCAAACAUUCUACAUUCUAGCAGAAAGAGAGAUGGAGAGAGGGAGAGAUUGUAAUCCUUCCUUAGGCAUGAAACCCAGCAUUCGGAUAAGUGGCAUCUUCUGUCCUUUCCCACCUAUUUUCUCAUGAUUGAAUGAGGAGGUAGGAAUAUAACAUGUACUAGAAAACUCAAAUUUAUGCUGACCUCAUUAUUUGGCUUAUUUAUGGAGGCUCUGAUGGGCUGCUGAGGAUCAGUUGUUAGGUACCCGCCUGCUCUGGUGGAGAUUUUAAAGUCGUGGGUUUAUUCCCUGACAUGUUUUUUUCCUUGGAUUUAUCUUUCUUUCUUUCUCAAUUAUAGUAAUAUCUUAGCAUUGGAAAUAAUAUGCUAGUUGAAAAAGAACAGCAGAGCUCAGUCAGAUUUCCAACUAAGAUAUCACAGUCAAUCUUGAUGCAGCAUGGAGCACAGCUAACAAGCUACUAGAUGCUUCUACUGUUAGGGUAGAUGGGAAAGACCCCCAUAGAUAUUUGUAUGUCCUCCAAUCUUUCAUACAAAUCAUAGUGCCAUUUUUUACCCCACGCUGCACGGUUCUCUAGCAUAUACCAUGUUUCCCCAAAAACAAGACCGGGUCUUAUAUUAAUGUUUGCUCCAAAAGAAGCAUUAGGGCUUAUUUUCUGGUUAGGUCUUAUUUCUGGUUAGGUCAUAUUUUUGGGAAAUAUGAUACUAAAUGUACCCAUCUGGCUGACAAUCUUAACUGGGGCUUAUUUUGGGGGUAGGGCUUAUAUUACGAGCAUCUUGAAAAAUCAUGCGAGGACUUAUUUUCCAGUUGGAUCUUAUUUUCAGGGAAACAGAGUACAAAGUAAAAGCAAUCACUACUUAUAACCAAUUUCUGCUUUUGUG